GAGCGCAGGGCGCGGGGCGGGACCAGCGACAGCGGCGGCGCCGGGCGGGAGAGCGAGUGCGGCCGAGUUGGCGCCACCAUGGCCACCGUGGAUCUGGAGAAGCUGCGGAUGUCCGGGGCCGGCAAGGCCAUCGGCGUGCUGACCAGCGGCGGCGACGCGCAAGGCAUGAACGCUGCUGUCCGAGCCGUGACGCGCAUGGGCAUUUACGUGGGAGCCAAAGUCUUCCUCAUCUACGAGGGCUACGAGGGCCUCGUGGAAGGGGGCGAGAACAUCAGGCCAGCCAACUGGCUCAGCGUCUCCAACAUCAUCCAGCUGGGCGGCACCGUCAUCGGCAGCGCCCGCUGCAAGGCCUUCACCACGCGGGAGGGGCGCCGGGCGGCCGCCUACAACCUGGUCCAGCGUGGCAUCACCAACCUGUGCGUCAUCGGCGGGGACGGCAGCCUCACGGGUGCCAACAUCUUCCGCAGCGAGUGGGGCGGCCUGCUGGAGGAGCUGGUGAGCGAAGGCAAGAUCUCACAGAGCACGGCUCAGACCUAUUCGCACCUGAACAUCGCCGGGCUGGUGGGUUCCAUUGACAACGACUUCUGCGGCACCGACAUGACCAUCGGCACGGACUCGGCCCUGCACCGCAUCAUGGAGGUCAUCGACGCCAUCACCACCACCGCCCAGAGCCACCAGAGGACCUUCGUGCUGGAGGUGAUGGGGCGGCACUGCGGGUACCUGGCCCUGGUGUCCGCCCUGGCCUCGGGGGCCGACUGGCUGUUCAUCCCUGAGGCGCCGCCCGAGGACGGCUGGGAGAACUUCAUGUGUGAGCGGCUGGGUGAGACCCGGAGCCGAGGGUCCCGCCUGAACAUCAUCAUCAUCGCCGAGGGCGCCAUCGACCGCAACGGGAAGCCCAUCUCAUCCCGCUACGUGAAGGACCUGGUGGUCCAGAGGCUGGGCUUUGACACACGUGUGACCGUGCUGGGCCACGUGCAGAGGGGAGGGACCCCGUCGGCGUUCGACCGCAUCCUGAGCAGCAAGAUGGGCAUGGAGGCGGUGAUGGCACUGCUGGAGACCACGCCCGACACGCCGGCCUGCGUGGUCAGCCUCUCCGGGAACCAGUCCGUGCGGCUGCCCCUCAUGGAGUGCGUGCAGAUGACCAAGGAGGUGCAGAAGGCCAUGGAUGAGAAGAGGUUUGAAGAGGCCAUCCAGCUCCGAGGCAGGAGCUUUGAGAACAACUGGAACAUUUACAAGCUGCUUGCGCACCAGAAGAUCUCCAAGGAGAAGACCAGCUUCUCCCUGGCCAUCCUGAACGUGGGGGCCCCAGCGGCCGGCAUGAACGCGGCCGUGCGCUCAGCGGUGCGCACCGGCAUCUCCCAGGGCCACACGGUGUACGUCGUGCACGACGGCUUCGAAGGCCUGGCCAAGGGGCAGGUGCAGGAAGUGGGCUGGCAUGACGUGGCUGGCUGGCUGGGGCGGGGUGGCUCCACGCUGGGGACCAAGAGGACGCUGCCCAAGGGCUACAUGGAGAAAAUUGUGGAAAACAUCCGCAUGCACAACAUCCACGCCCUGCUGGUCAUCGGAGGCUUCGAGGCCUACGAGGGGGUGCUGCAGCUGGUGGAGGCCCGCGAGCGCUACGAGGAGCUGUGCAUUGUCAUGUGUGUCAUCCCUGCCACCAUCAGCAACAACGUGCCGGGCACCGACUUCAGCCUGGGCUCGGACACCGCCGUCAACGCCGCUAUGGAGAGCUGUGACCGCAUCAAGCAGUCGGCCUCGGGGACCAAGCGCCGUGUGUUCAUCGUGGAGACCAUGGGGGGCUACUGUGGCUACCUGGCCACCGUGACCGGCAUCGCUGUGGGGGCCGACGCCGCCUACGUCUUCGAGGACCCCUUCAACAUCCAGGACUUAAAGGCCAACGUGGAGCACAUGACCGAGAAGAUGAAGACGGACAUCCAGAGGGGCCUGGUGCUCCGAAACGAGAAGUGCCACGAAUACUACACCACGGAGUUUCUGUACAACCUGUACGCCUCCGAGGGGAAGGGCAUUUUCGACUGCAGGACUAACGUCCUGGGCCACCUGCAGCAGGGCGGGGCUCCCACCCCCUUCGACCGGAACUACGGCACCAAGCUGGGGGUGAAGGCCAUACUCUGGAUGUCGGAGAAGCUGCGGGCAGUCUACCGCAAGGGGCGGGUCUUCGCCAACGCCCCCGACUCGGCUUGCGUGAUCGGCCUGCAGAAGAAGGCGGUGGCCUUCAGCCCCGUCACCGAGCUCAAGAAGGACACCGACUUUGAGCACCGGAUGCCCCUGGAGCAGUGGUGGCUGAACCUGCGGCUCAUGCUGAAGAUGCUGGCGCACUACCGCAUCAGCAUGGCCGACUACGUGUCCGGGGAGCUGGAGCACGUCACCCGCAGCACCCUCAGCAUCGAAACAGGCUUCUGAAGCCGCGUCCCUGCCCCGCCCCCGCCUGCGCCCGCCCCCCCCGCCCCCACUUUGGAGCCUGGGCUGCUGCCUCCUGGAGCCUGCGGGCGGGGGUUGGGGAGGUGCACCCUGGCUCCGGGACUCUCACGGCCCAAGUCCCAGCCUGCUGUCCGCUCGGCUCUCCCCCAGGACAGAGCACCCUGGGCACCCACCUUCCACGGCAGGGUUAUGUGGGGGCGUCCGCGUUUGGACACCGCCGCCCCUCUGCCUCGGUUCCCCGAGGUACCUCUCCCCAAGCCGGCCCUGCACCCUCACCAGCCCUGGGGGCGCAGCAGCCUGGGUCUCCGUGCCGGAGUGGGGACGUGCCCCGGCCCGCCUCACUGUGACCCAACCCCUGUGUGCACUGACCGCCGGGGCUGAGCAGCGCUUGUCACCUUUUCUAGAAAUAAAAUCACCCCGACUGUGGGGUGCUGUCAGUCUC